UAUGCACCAGAUUCGACCUCCUCUCCCUCUGCCUCUCUCUCUCCAAAGCUCUCCUUCUUCUUCAACCCCUCUCGCUCGCUCUCUGAAACUUUUGGUUUCCAGUAUCAGAAACCAAGAAAAUAAAUUUCCAGAAUGAAUUAGCGUCUUUUUCAUCAAGAACAACGAAACCCAUCAACCCAAUUGUUCAAAGAAAAGCAAACGAAUUUUGAAACAUGGCUGAAAGUGGCCCAUCUUCAUCCCCAAAACCCCUGCAACCCUCAAACCCCAACAGCAUUGACCCAACUGCAGCAUCAACAGCAGCAGCCACAAACAUUAUAAUUAACCCAAACCCAUCAAACUCUUCCUCAAACCCACCAAUUCCAUCCCCUUCAGCUCUCGCCCAAUCUCCUCAAAUCUCAUCCCCUCCCCUCCCUCCUUUGUCCAACAUCUCUCUCCCUCAAAACCAACAUAUUACACCCACUGUUGGAUUAGAUUACACACAAAAAUUGAACCAACAGCAGCAGCAACAGCAAUCUCAGUCAUUGGUGCAACAAUCCCAGAAUGUGAAUGUGAAUUCCAUGUCCAAUUACCAGCUCCAGCAGACCCUGCAGAGGUCUACUUCGAUGUCCCGAGUGAACCAACUUCAGCAACAGACUCAGAACCAGCAGCAGCAGCAGCAUUUUGGUAUGAUGAGGCAGCAGGGGGGUUCGUAUCCGCAGGUGAAUUUUGGUGGCUCCGGUGCUAUUCAACAGCAGAAUCAGCUGCAACAGCAAAACCAGCCACAGCAGUCGCAGCAACAAAUUGGUGGCGGAAACUUGUCGCGAUCUGCUUUGAUGGCGCAGAGUGGCCACUUACCCAUGUUGUCUAGCGCUGCUGCUGUGGCAGCUGCACAAUUCAAUCUGCAGCCGCAGAUGUUGGCCUCGCCGAGACAAAAAGGUGGGCUCGUCCAAGGUUCCCAGUUUCAUGCAGGUAAUUCUCCUGCGCAAUCUUUACAAGGGACACAAGCAAUGGGGAUGAUGGGAUCCAUCAAUUUAAGUUCUCAACUAAGAGCUAAUGGGGCGCUCGCUUCUUAUGCUCAACAGAGAAUGAAUUCGGGCCAACUUAGGCAACAAUUGGCCCAACAAAGUUCUCUCACCUCUGCACAGGUUCAGAGCUUGCCAAGAACACCUUCACUUGCAUUUAUGAACCCCCAGCCAUCUGGGAUGACUCAGAAUGGACAGCCAGCGAUGGUGCAGAAUUCUUUAUCACAACAGUGGCUGAAGCAAAUGCCAACCAUUUCUGGCCCUGGCUCAACUUCAUUCCGUCUUCAACAGCAGAGGCAGCAACAGGUUCUCUAUCAGCAGCAGUUGGCUUCGCAAAAGUCUAUGCCCUUGAACCAGCAACAGUUAUCCCAGCUUGUACAGCAGCAGCAACAACUGAGCCAUCCACAGCUCCAACAGCAACAGCAACAGCAGCUGCAGCAGCAUCAACAACAGCAGCAGCAAAUACAGCAACAAUCACAGCAACAGCCCUUGAAUCAGCAGCAGCAGAACUCCCCGAGAAUGGCUGUACCUGCAGGCCAGAAAUCUCUUAGUUUAACAGGAUCACAGCCUGAUGCUACUGCAUCUGGUACAACUACACCAGGAGGAAGUUCAAGCCAAGGAACAGAAGCAACUAACCAACUUCUUGGGAAGAGAAAGAUACAAGAUUUAGUCUCUCAGGUUGAUUCACAGGGAAGGCUGGAUCCUGAAGUUGAAGAUCUUCUCUUGGAGAUUGCUGAUGACUUCAUUGAUUCUGUGACAACAUAUGCAUGCAAUUUGGCAAAGCAUAGAAAAUCUUCAACGUUGGAGUCCAAGGAUGUGUUGCUACACCUAGAGAAAAAUUGGAAUUUGACAAUUCCUGGAUUUUCAAGUGAAGAGAGGAAGUACCAAAACAAAUCUUUGUCAAGUGAUCUACACAAGAAGCGUUUAGAUAUGAUACGGACGCUGAUGGAAUCAUCGCACCUGGAAACGAAUACCAAUAAUCCUAAAGAGAUGAUGAGAGGGUUUGGCAAUCCAGUUGGUGCCAACCACUUAAGACCUUCACUUGGUGCAGAACAGUUGGUUUCACAAUCAACUGGUUCUCAAAUGCUGCAGCAAAUGACGCGAUUCUAAGACAUCAGUUAUCAGUGUUUAUUGGGUCUCCUUGUGGAUUUAAGUUCUUAGAUAUGUUGGUUUUGGCUAGCAAAAGCAGGAGCAGUAUUUGGAUUGAUAGAAGCACAAAUCUGUAAUUACUUGCUAAGAAAAAGAUAAUUAGGUGGGUUAAAGUCAGUGUAGUAAGCUACAGCAUUGUCUUUUGAAUUUGUUGAUCAUUUGGGUUGGACUGGCAUUUUUCCAUUUCACAGGCUCAUAAGGCCAACUCUCAGCCUACUAGAGUUUGUUGGGUUGGGCUUUGUAAUCUAAUUUGUUAUCUGUAGUUUUUAUAUAUAAAUAUUUUCUUGAAAGCUUUUUGGCUUGGAUCUUAUUUGUAUGGUAAUCAUUUAAAAACAAGAAUUGGUUGGACACCUUUGUAUAUUACAUUUUUUUACUAA